AUGGCCUUGGAAAAGAUUUUCGAGCAACAUGAAAACGAGAACGACAAUCAAUUAAAGGUCGUCGGUAUCGUCGGGACACGUGGCGUCGGCAAAACAAAAAUUUGCGAAGAGUAUUUCAAUCUUUUGGGAAAGCCAGAGAAGAACGGCGAAAAGUUAUUCAUUCCGAGGAUUUGGGUCUCCACGUCGAUUAUCAAAAACGACAAAAACCGUAAGAAAAGGACAGUGAAGGAGGAGGAAAUUAAUUUGUCAGUAAUAGUGGAGGAAAUGUUGGAGAGUCUUGGAGUUGAUACAGACGACAUCGUACCAAAUGAUUCUAGCAGAUAUGAUCUUGAAGUGCUUCUCUAUCUUCUUCGCCUCCAACUAAUAGGAAAGAUGUAUCUAAUUCUUCUUGACGAUCUAACCCUAAUUGUUGACGACGCUCUUAAACUUGCAUCUAAUUUGCCGAAAGGUUACAAAGGAACGAUUAUGGUGACGAGUAGGGAAGAGAAGGAGUGA